GAGGUUUAUGAAUUAAAAGAAAAUGGUGAAGGGCAAUCUCAGGUUAAUACUGGGCUGAAGGUUUCAUCAAUUAACACUCCCGGCGGUAAUGUUGCAAUUGGUGCCACUAUUACACUCACCUGGUCAUAUACCCCGCAAGCGAACCCACUUCCAGGCACUUUAAGUGUUAUCGACAACUUAACUAAGAACACUGUCGUAAUUAGUUCUACCAUAGUCCUCUCCACUCAAUCUUACCAAUGGACUGUCAAUGUUCCCGCUGGUACUUAUUACCUUGCUCUUAAUGAUGGGUCUGGUGAUAAGUAUUCUGGAACUUUCACUGUCUUUCAAGCUGGCAGCACUCAAAGUUCAGCUCCGAAAUCAACAUCAACAUCAUCUCCAACAACCAAUGCUGCCGCAAGUUUCACUGGAUCAAGCAUUUCUGGAUACAAACUUCUGUUUAGCCUUAUUGUAGUAGCAGCAGUAAUG